UACAGCUAAAAAAACUCAAUGGACACCUGAAACACGCUGGGCACCCGAUAAGUACAGGUUUAAAUGCCAGUUUUAGUCCGUGUACCAUUACAGGUUCAGAUCAGGCCGAGACUAACGGGUAUAGGAUUGAGUAUAGUUUUGCUCCACCGGAUCGACCUGACCUAUUACCAGCCCUACAGCCACCGGAGCCACUCGCCUACCAGCCAAGCCAAGAUCCUAUCCAAAACCAGAGGCGAGGCGAGGCAAGCCAAGAGGAGACGACGCACCGCCCGCGCGCUAUGAAGCGCUGGUGCGUGCACGCGCCCAGGGGAGGAGCAAUGGCGACGCUGCUCUCCAGCCCCUUCGCCCCCACCACCACCCUCCGCGCCCUGCUACUGCUUUCCCCUCCCCGCGCGGCCUCCUCCGGCCAGGACGCCGCCGCUGAACAGGAGCAGCCGCCGGCCCCAGCCACCACCAAGACGGCCACCGCGGACGACGACUUCGAGGAGCGCGUCCUGCGGAUCAAGUCCCGCGUCGGGCCCAAGAAGCGGGGCGCGCGCAAGAAGAAGGCCGCGGCCGCGUCUUCCGCCAGCGCCGUGACGCUCCCGCCGGUGCCGCUGCGGGAGGCCCGGUCGCGCCUCGGCGCACCCGUCGAGUUCGGGUUCACCGCGUACAGCGAGCGGCUCAACGGCGCGCUCGCGGCUGUGGGGCUGGCCGCGCUGCUGCUCGUGGAGCUGGGCUCGGGGCAGGCCCUGGUGAAGUACCACCAGCCCGCGACGUUGUUCCUGCAGGUGUACACCGUCGCCGCGGCCGCCGCGCUGUACGUCAAGUACGAGAAGGAGCGGAUCAGCACGUGGCCGGGACCGCCGGCGAGCGGUGAAUGAGCUCUUCCAGAAUUUUGGUUUUUGGUAGGGCAUUCCUCUUUUGUAAUCUAAAUAUAAUUUGAGUCGCUUGUGUUGCCAAAAAUACGUGUUGUGGAAACCUGAAAUUUCCUAGCCAUUUGAUUUGACAAAAGACUACAACUUUUAAUUCGUUUAACCCUUA